AUGGAGCGAUGGAAGAAAAUUAUCCCUGAAAUAAUCUCGCCGAAAUACAGCGCGUACAUCAAGGAGUAUUGUAAGAGGAACGGCCUCCUGACGUUGUCCGUCUUUGCCGUGGUGACGGGCUGUGUACUGGGAUUCCUCCUGAGGUCAUUCAACCUGUCGACACAGGCCAAGAUCUACUUCUCUUUCCCUGGAGAGCUGCUGAUGAGGAUGCUAAAGAUGCUCAUUUUACCCCUUAUCACAUCCAGUCUUAUGUCUGGACUGUCAGCCAUGGACACGAAGGCCAGCGGCAGGUUGGGUGUCCUAACCAUUACUUACUACUUGUGGACCACUUUCAUCGCCGUCAUCGUGGGUAUUGUGCUCGUGCUCAUCAUCCAUCCAGGAACUGGCACCGAAAAGGACAGCCACCAUGCCAGCUCAGGGCCUGUUAUGACUUCAGCUGAUGCUCUGCUGGACCUCAUCAGGAACAUGAUCCCUUCUAAUCUAAUCGAAGCAACCUUUCAACAAUACCGGACCGACUUGGUGCCGAUCGUGCAGAGUUCCAACGCGAAGGAGUCUCAAGCUAACUACGUGUAUGUCAUGCCUGACUAUCACAACCCCCGCCUGGGCCACCCGGUUUUCCUGGACAUCACGCCGGCGCCCGACAUCAACUACAAGAUCGUGCCCAGCACCAGCAAGGGCAUGAACGUCCUGGGGAUUGUUAUCUUCUCCGCCACCAUGGGGUUGCUGCUUGGGAAGAUGGGCGAACGAGGGGCACCGCUAGUCAACGUGUGUCAGUGCAUCAAUGAGUGCGUCAUGAAGAUCAUUAACGCAGCCAUGUGGUACUUCCCCUUUGGCAUUGUCUUCCUGGUGGCUGGAAAGAUCCUGGACAUGCAUGACCCAGCACACCUGGGAGAAAAGCUGGGCAUGUACUUCAUCACGGUUCUGUCCGGCCUGUUCGUGCAUGGCCUCAUCUUGCUGCCCCUCUUCUACUUCUUCUUCACACGCAAAAAUCCUUUUAGCUUUAUUAGAGGGCUUCUACAGGCUCUCGUCAUUGCCUUGGCAACGUCUUCAAGCUCAGCCACUUUGCCGAUCACCAUGAAGUGUCUGCUGGAAAACUGUGGAGUGGACCGGCAGAUCGCUCGCUUUGUGCUGCCCGUGGGAGCCACCAUCAACAUGGACGGAACGGCUCUGUAUGAGGCAGUGGCAGCCAUCUUCAUCGCUCAAGUCAACGAGUAUGACUUAGACUUUGGUCAGCUCGUCACUAUUAGCAUAACGGCAACAGCAGCAAGCAUUGGCGCAGCUGGAAUACCACAAGCUGGUCUGGUUACCAUGGUGAUCGUCCUGACCUCUGUCGGGUUACCGCCUGCUGACAUCUCUCUCAUUGUGGCCAUUGAUUGGGUUCUCGAUCGCUUCAGGACAAUGAUAAACGUCCUCGGGGAUGCCUUGGCGGCUGGUAUUAUGGCACAUGUAUGCAGGAAGGACUUUGAAAAGGCCACAGCUGCUGCACCAGUUACCACAGCAAGACUAAAAAGUUUUGUUUUCUCCCAACAGAGAGACACUGUGAUCUCCGUGGGCAAUCAGAGCGUGGCACUGUCUGAUGCACCAUUGAUUGCCCACCGCUGUGAUUUCAUGUUUGAGGUUGAUGGUGAUAAUAUCCUGGAGAAACCAAUGGCCUGCUACAACCUAUGCCAAGUAUGAGUAGUUGAAUUCUUAAGUCGGACCGUCAGGACUGCCUUGGACAGAAGUUAGAACACUCACCCACCUCACAGGAGAGCAAAGAGAACUAUCUAAGACUAAAGACCAACUUUCAGUGCCAUUAUCCCCCCCCAAAAAAACUUUCAUUACUUGAUGCACCAUUUUGCUGUAUCUCUCAAUGGAUUUCUCAACGAGCAUCUUCAGCCAUUUAGAGAAGUGUUGCUUCAGACAAGUACAGUAGGCCUGUGUUCAUGGUAGUUUAUAAUUUUAUCCAGUUGCCUUAACUUGUGUCGUGCUGAAACUGCAACAGCUGGCUGACAGCAACAUUUGUCAUUGUCACUUACACACAUACACACCAUAAAUAGCAACAUCUUCCUAGGAGUGACAUGAGACCAUCAAAUAUUUUUUUUAUACCAUUGGCUAUGUAUUUUUUGUGCUUGUUUUCCAAUUAAAAGUUGGUUCGCUCCACCUGUCUAUUUUGUUAGUUUAAACGUCUUUUUAACGAUU